CUGCUGCCACUUUUGGCGGGAGGAUGCGAGCUCGGGCGAGGGGGCGUGGCCCAGUGGGAAGGGGGUCUGGCGCGCGCGCGCGCGGCUUCUUUUUUGUCCUAGGCGCGUCUCGGGCUACGGGGCGUGGGGAGGGUCAUUCCGCUUCCUGGCGCUGAGGCGAUCGGAAGGCGAGGACGGCCCCGCCAACUCCCCAUGGAGCAGCCCCGCUUCUCCUCCGCAAUGGGGGCCUCUCAGCAGCACCAUCGCCGCCGCCUCGUCCUUCUGGAAGAGCAGCCGCGGGCCGGGGGGCUCGCGGGCCUUGGCAGCCUCGCCGGCCAACGGAGGAGCCUGGGCGCCGUCGGCCAAAAGGAAAACUGCGAGCAAAUUCAGGAAGCAAGGAAUAUCAAUCUGCAAAGGACCUCCUCUUCUGAUUCUACAGAUUCAGGCUGCUGUAUGGAUUCUCCCCCACUGCUUGGCAUAAAAGACUUUGAUGAAACUUUCCGCUUGCCCAUGCGAAGAAUGCACUCCCUCCCGAACCUCCUGGGAUGUAGUCCUGCUCUGAAGAGGAGCCACUCGGAUUUGCUGGAUUGUGAUGGCUUCCAGUCAUGUAGCCCUGAGGAGAACAAAGAGAACGAAUCUUUUGAAUUCAAGAAGCCAAUGAAACCUGCAUCUCGUAGCUGCCUGCGCAUGUCUUCUCUUGAAGAUGAAAAACGUGCUUUAGGGUUAAAGCAGAAGUCAGCUGCAGCAUUUAUGUUUUGCCAAGGUGAAACCAGCAGAAAUGGUCUUGGGUGCUUCAGCCCAGCCUUCCUGAGGCAGCAGUCUCGAAAGACCUCAGAAACAGAAAAUGAUGAUGAUGGCUUCUUGGAGAUAUUGGAUGGGCAGGACGUCUAUAGCAAUGAAGAGAUGUCUCCUGACGUGGCAAGCCUUUGGACUGCUCCACUAGUUAUGAAGAAAGGUGUGGAUACCCAUAAUAAGCAGUACAGGUUGCUGAGCGUAGAAAGUGAGCCAUACAGCAUGGCUAAGCCUGCCCUGAAAAGAACAGAGAGAUCCCAGGAAGAGCACGUGCCAGGGGCCAUCAAGAGGAGGAGGAACGUCUGCGAAGCACCUGCUGAAGAACUAAUGAGUGUGGCUCUUGUUGGGGCCCAUCUGUCAUCCUUAAUGGAGAUAGAGAGUGUUUUGGACAGAGACCCAAGGAACCUUAUUGGAGACUUCUCAAAGGAUUACCUUCUCCACACUGUAGAUGGGAAACAUCAAGAUCUGAAGUAUAUUGACCCAGAAAUGAUUGUUGCAGUGCUGAAGGGCAGUUUUUCAAGGUUCAUUAAAGAGUGUGUGAUCAUUGACUGCAGAUAUCCUUAUGAGUAUGAAGGAGGCCACAUCCAGGGGGCUAUAAACCUCCACAUGGAAGAGGAUGUGGAAGAGUUCUUGCUGAAGAAGCCUAUCGUGCCGUCUGGCAAUCAACGAGUGAUCAUCGUCUUCCACUGCGAGUUCUCAUCGGAGCGGGCUCCCCGGAUGUGUCGCUUUGUGAGGGAGAGAGACCGGCUCGGCAAUGAGUAUCCCAGUCUACACUACCCUGAACUCUAUGUCCUGAAAGGGGGCUAUAAGGACUUCUUCUUAAAAUACAGAAACUACUGUGAGCCACAGAACUAUCGGCCCAUGCACCAUGAAGACUUCAAGGAAGACUUUCGGAAAUUCCGCACAAAAAGCAGAACCUGGGCAGGUGAUUUGCUCCGGGCCGCCCAGGUUAUGUGUUUCUCAGGGCUGAACACAAAGCUCUGGAAGCAGAUUAUGGGCUGCAGCCCUUGUGAACCUUGGUGGGUGCCCAUUACGCCCUGUUCAGGAAGGAAAUCAAGACUUCUGGUAGUAGUAGGACAGUCAGCUGGGAGCGACUUAGAAUCCUAAAGAAAGCACAAAGCUAAAUCUUCCACUGGAAAACAUGGUACUAAUUAAACAAACUGCAACACUUCA